CCUAUCGCGAUGCUGUGGAAGAAAGCCUUCCUGCUUUGCGCGUUGUUGGUUGCCGUUCAGGCGGAUCCUCAACCCCAGCUGCUCAGUGGACUUACCUCGCUCAUCGGAUCCGCUGUGAAUGGUGUGGCCACGUUGUUGACCGGAGUGGCCUCUGGAUUUGCUGCCGGUACAUCUGGUCCACUGUCGGCUAGUGGCAGCCUUACCGGAGGAUUGAACAUCGGUGGUCUCACUGUUGGUGGUACCGGUUCGUUCAACACGAACCUCCCAAUAUUGAACCUCGUCAACAAUGUGGUCUCGUCUACGCUGAACGCACUCAACACGGCCAUUACCAACAUCGGUUCGACAGCAGGAUCAGUGCUGGGGAACACGCUUGCCACCGUCACGAACACACUGAACGGACUGCUCGGAGGUGUGGGAACUAACCUGGGCACGAUCGGUACCGGGUUGACCGGUGCUCCAACCACCGCCAACGGUCAGGCCGUCGCCAACGCACUCAACAACGUUGCCACCGCUGUCAACUCGGCCGUGAAUACUGCCUCGUCCGUUUUCGGUAGCUCCACGGUUUCUGCUGCGUUGGGAAGCCUUCCCAGCACGCUCAACACUGACCUGGCCAACGCGAUCCAAGCCAUCAACAAUGCCGUCGCCAAUCCGGGUACGUCGACGACCUUGCUCGGUGCGCUCGGCCCGAACGGUGUCAAUGCGAUUGCGACCUUCCUCGGAGAUGCGGCCAACGUGCUGUACACGACGGCCAACAUUCCGUUGCAGUUGUCCGCUGCGGCCAGAGUAAACGCAUCGCUUGCACUUAACGCCAAUGUCCCGUACAGUGCGGCCGGCAUUGCCGCUGUCAAUGCGACGGUAAAUUCUGCUCUGACCAAUGCCAACAACGUGCUGAAUUCCGCUGUCGGUUCCUUCAACUAUCUGAUCGCCAACGCACAACCGGCCACGAACGCCGCCUUGGCUCAGGCCACCUCCACCAUUAGCACGGCUGUGGCCAACAUGAACCGUGUGUUCAAUCUGCUUGCCGGCAACACAAAGGCCAGCGUUACAACCGCUGCCCAGCUUGCAGUCAACAACCUUACCGAUCUGGUUUCGUCGCUCCAGACCAACCUGAACGUACUGAAUACCGUAACGCUGAAUGCGGUCGCAUCAGCGAACGCUUCCAUCUCGGGUAACGCAUCGGCCGUUAUUGGAACGAUGGUGAACAACCUUGCUAGCACGAACGCAACCAUCGUUGCCUGCUCGCAGACGUAUCUGCCAACGGCGGUGCGCACGAACGUCUACUACACGACCGCUCUAGGAUCGUGCGUCGUACAGGCGACGACCGUUGCGGAUAUCCUGGUCGGUAACACGAUCGCGGUGGUCAACUCGGCCGCAUCACGCAUUCGCACCUCGACCGCCGGUGUUACCCUGUGCAUUUCGGCACUCUUCCCGUCUACGGUGUGCACGAGCGCCACCGUACCGAACGCUCCGGCCUACAUCACCAAUGUGGCAUUGGAUGUCCUGAGCAUUAAGUCCGCUGAGGUAGUGGAUGUCGCCAGCGCUGCCAAUCAAGUGGCAACUUGCACGACCAAUACCUCCAAUGCGGCCGCUGCCGAUUUCGCAGCCAUUGCUGCCGCGUACAACCAAUGCAUUGCCUAA